UCUGCCUCGGUUUCUUUACGUCAGUGCGAGUUUCCUAUCGCAGGAAGGGCGGACGGUCUCCUCACAUCUAGGCCGCCCAGCUAAAGGUGCAGGCAGGAACGCAAGCGGAAAGCACGUUAAGUGUCUACUCUCAGCUGGGCAAGGAAGCCAACACACUGCUGAAUAAGCCGUCAGUUGCACUGAGGAUCCUUACAAGACGGAGGAGUUUCUUCACAAGAAGGCUUCGAAGGCCAAUAUGUCAGAGCUGGAGCAAGGCAUGGUCACUAUUAUUCAGGUUUUUCACAAAUACUCGGGUCACAAGUGCAAGCUGAAGAAAACGGAGCUUAAAGCACUUAUCAACAACGAGAUGAGUAAUUUCAUAAAGAAAAUCCAAGAGAAUGACACUUUGGAUGAGCUCUUUGCGGACCUUGACCAGAAUGGAGACCUGGAGAUUGACUUCAAAGAGUUCAUCGCCCUCAUCGCCAUGGUCACCUCAGCGUGCGAAGAACUCUUCACCCUGAACUACCAUCAUGAUUAGUUAAAGUGUACAUGCAUUUCCAAAGAAUACAGUGUGUGAACUUUUUAAAUGCAGAGUAUGUCGCUCUCGGUAAAAACAAAAAGACAUGAGUAGCAUGGAAUCAUGGGAGACUAAGGCACACAUGUUCAGAGACAACUUACUGUUUUAAAGUUUUAUUUAUGUUUCUUUCAGUCAGUUUUGCAGACACUCUGUUACUGGAUACUGUUACUUUGAAUAAAGUUACGUAUUUGGUUGUUCACAACAAAAUAUAUAAUGAAGGACUUGUUUUUUUUUGACAUGUUAAGGAGGAAAUGCUACAUGUUAUCUUUAGGUGGGACUGGGUGAUUAGCUAGUUUGUAUCUGAGAAAAUUUUAUCCAGCAUGGAGCAUCGAUGUUUGUUACAUCUUUUGUUUAGAGUUUGUCGCAUAAAAUAAAAUGUAUAAAUUAUGACAACUCAUGAAGAAUCACACGCCCACAGCUUCAGACGUCCAUUUCUGAUCAGUUCCAGUCUGAACUUUUGUAUGAUAGCAGUAAAAUUUAAGACCUGCAAACAUGCAGUGUGCCACAGGAAAGCUGUGCAUGGUGGUGACAUCAAAUCUUGGG